AUGAGUGCGCAGGGAUGGACCCCUGGUGCAUUUUUGGGAGCACCGGGUGCUGCCCACUCUUCCUGCUAUACGGCCGCGAGUGCUUCGCAUAUCCGAGUUGUGCUCAAAGAUGAUACGCUUGGGCUAGGAGCUCGCCCCCGAAAUCCACUUGCAGAAGAUGAGCCUACAGGGCUGGAUGCCUUUCAGGAUCUAUUAGGUCGCCUAAACGGAAAGAGUGAUGUGGAGUUGGUCAAGGAACAACGCCGAAGGGAGGAUAUCAAACUUCUCAGUUUCGUGGAGAGAAGGUGGAAGAGCAUGGCUUUUGUGCCGGGGGGAUACCUGGUCAAGGAAGAUCCGGCGAGGACUUUAGUUGUGGCAGAACAAGCCAACAAGGAUGACUCCAGUGACCCGAAGUCGGGGCAAGAAACAACGCAGAAACGUCCCAAAAAGGAAAAAAGAAAGGAGAAACCUCGACAUAGGGAAGAACCCAUAGACUCGAGAUCAAUCUCCUCUAAAUCUGAACGGGGCACUAUUAACUCCGCCGAUCAAACCUCCGAUGAUGAAAGUACGAACAUCGUGCCAAGUGAAAGCAAAUCGCGCAAGAAAGAAAAGAAGAAGAAGCCAAAAAAAAGGAAAAUGGAUGAGGUCAAUGAGGAAGAAUCGGUCCCCGAUGGCCGAAUCGGCUGCAAGGGAAUCUUACCCAACAAGCAAUCUGCUCAGCAAUCCACUGGAGAACGAUAUAUCAACGGGGACAGUAUGAUCAAUGUUAGGGAACAUCGACCACUGGGCCGUCAAGUCAUACGAAGUCGUUAUAUUCAACAGAAGAAGAUGGCGUUGUUGGACGCUAAGUCAUUAAACGAGAUUUUUAUGACAUCUUGA